AUGCUUUUGGAGGGAUCUCGUGUCAUCGUCGCCGAAGUCUUCGCCCACUACGCCCAGCGGCGUAACCUCUACAGCCAGCUGAUGUGGACGAAGUCACAUCUUGUGGUGAGGCCCCCUCUUUCUGAAUGAAAACGACCUCUCAAAUGUUUCAGAUGCUUGGCCACGUUGGUAUCAUAUCAAAAAUCGACACCGAACGACUCUGCGCCACAGUCAUCGUCUACUGUUUUGUCCGUGCGCCAAACUCUCAGAAACGACAUUUUCUCGUAGGAAUCCCAAACAGCAGAAGGUUUGCAAAUGUCUCGUAGGCUCACGUGAAAACGGAUUGGCCCUUGGAUGCGUUGGACGAAACUUCCAAGGUCUACUUUGCAUGUGGCGACGCUGUCGUCUUGACACACCGCGGAGCGAAAGUCAGUUCUCUUAUAGACUUUUGGAAAGAAAGCUCGUAACUUCUGCUUCAAGAGCAAAAUUUGCAAAGCGAUGUGAUUUUUUCCACAUUGGAACAAAGUUCAGUAAUUACCAUCAAGAUGCAAUUUCCCAUUUUUGGUAACAACUUUUUAAAGGCCCUCGAAGAUUCAGAGAUUUUUUUUGUUGCUUUCAGUUUUCCUCGUUAAAAUUUCACGUGAUACUUCGAUUUUCACUUCGUUUGAUUUUGUAAGGAUAAACGAGAUCAUAGCGAGCUUUUACGUCCUCUCAGAUCCUUUUGAGCUUUUCCACAGUCUUGGAAUGUGUUUUGAAGAGAUCAAUGGGAGAAAGGCCGCUCAGAGGCUCACCCAGGUCUGUUCUGAGAAAAUUCUGCUCUGGAUCGGUCUAGCUUUUAGUUUACAAAAAAAGACGCUACUGUAUGCGCUGCUCUCGUUUUAGGACGUAAUCCCAGUUCUUCUGAGAUAUCUCUUUUUAUUCUAAGGCGACUAUGGCAAAAGUGACGAGUGUCGAGUUCAAUGAAGCAGGAAAUGCUACGUACACAGUAACAACGAAGCCGGUCGAAAACGAGUCUCCGGUUGUCUUGAAGGUCAAUGAAUUCGGAGUGAUCGGCAGCACGUAUGUUUCUGAAAAAAAAAGUCUCAUAAGGAAGGAAACAGACCAACGAAACCAUGUGUUAUGCUUCCGAUCUACGUCGGAAAAAGUUAUACGCAAGUGAUGCGCGACGAAAACAGCCCUCCCAUUCACAACUUCAAGGUUUUACUGAUUCGAGAGAAUGUUGAUCUGAAAUCGUCGCACGCUGUAGAACACUCUUCACGGCUACACGAUAGAAUCGCUGAUGAACGUCAUCUCGAAUUGGAGCGACAACCCCGCCUCUUACGCUAAGCUUGUGGAGACGGUGCGCUCUAACGCGGAACAGGUCCGGAGAGUUCAGUCUUUUUCACUUCUGAAGCUUUUUGGGAAAAAAAAAUGAUUCCACAGAUUAGAUUUGAUUUUCCUGAAUUCUGAAGACGAUUUUUGAAGUUUUGAAAGUGGUGACUUUCAGGGUCUUCAUGCCAUAAAGGUUUAUCGGCUGAAUUCAAAGAAGUUUUUUAACUUUAAAAUAAAUAACCUUAUUCAUAAUGCAAAAAAGAACUCAAAAAUCGAAAGUCAUUCUGUUUCUGAGAUUGAUUUCUACAGCUCAUGGAGCUCCUAUUCCAUUUACUUCUAGGCGCCCUACAACUAACUUUUCGGCACUGACUGUUUCAAGCUCUCUUUUAAUUCCAAAAAAUUCAGUUUAUAGAUUAAAUUUUUGAUCGCUGUUUGUGCAGGUACGCGGACUGGUGGACGGAGAAUUGCCGCUUUUUCGAGCCGUCGCCGACAACAACUGGCUUCUCGUCGUCGUUCUGAUUGCCCUCGGCGCCAGUCGUUUCGCUAAAGACGCUCAGAUGCGCAACGUGGUCCACAUCUCCGCUCAGAGGUCGACCCCCCAGUGUUUCACUUGAAAAUGAGAGGGUUAAUGUUUCUGGACCAACUACUGAAGUUUAGAGGUCUCGAAAAAAUGUUAGAGGGAGUUCUGAUGCUGCUGCCGAACGAAGUCAAUCGGAAGACUCGCGAGGGAGACACCCCGCUACAUCUUGCGGCACGGAAUGCCCACGCGGCCUGCGUUGACCGUCUCCUCAAUCUGCAAUACUGUCAGCCGAACAUCCAGGUUCGCUGCGAGGCAGGUCCGAAACUCUUGUUGCAGAACGAAAACGGAGACACUCCCUUGCACGAAGCCUGCGCACUUGCCGAGUCUGCCAACAAGGUGACUCUUAUUCAGGAAUUUAUCGGAAACGAUUUCUCAUUACGUUUUGUGAGAACACGCGUGGUUCAAGAGUUUCUCGGAAUCCCGAGGCAAAAAACUAGGAUUUAGACAUAAAAGUUGUAGGAAUUUCGGCUUUUCGAAGGAAGAUAUUAAUUUGAGUUUUCUCGUUCUUAUUUUGAACUGAAAAGAUACCAGGAAUGAGUCUCCGUAACCGUUAAGCAACGCUUUUUCAAUUUUACUGUCGAAGUUAGUUUUUUCAAACAAAAAACAAAUAGAGACAAAUCAACCGAAAGCAGCACUGAAAAGCCAAUGAAGAAAACUCUAACCACUGGUGACACCAAUUUAAUAUUUUGAAACUCCAUCGAUGAGUUGAAAAGGUAUCUUCUGAAGUUGGGAAACUGAAAUAUUAUUGAGAGAACGUUGUGAAAAAUAGUUAAUAAGAAAGACAAGUCCAUUCAACGACAGAAAGCGACGAUCGGACGAUUGCUUUCCAACACCAGGGCCACGAUCCACCAGCCCAACAACAACGAACUCUCUCCUCUCCAAAUAUCCAUUUUCAAAGGCCACGCGACGUGAGUGCCUCAGGAGGAGCUGGAGUUUGGGUGAGUUUUGAGGACUGUCGAGCAGUUGGUGCAGCUCCGGCCCACUCACCGCAACACGGAGAGUCGUUCCGGAAUGACGCCUCUGCACUUCGCUGCGUCCUGUGCCAACGUGAACAUUGUCAAUGUUCUGAUAACGGUGAGUUCAGUCAAAAUGAUUUAUUCAUUUUCACUCAAAGGUGAAAAAAUUUUUUUGAAAAGAAAUUCAUAUACGAAGGAAGUCGCUUGAAAAACAAAGUGAGCAGGUGACCAAAGGAUAAAAAAAGCGUGAAAGUUGCCUUUCUGCAAACUUUUCUAUCAUAGAUUUGAAUAAUAAUCACUCUAUAGAAGUGUUCCCUUCAUGUUAAGAAUUCUUUCUGAACAAAGAUUUUUUAAAUUUUCUCUGUUUUCCGCUCGGAAUGGAAGUCCAUCGGAGAGACAAGACGGAUCGCAGCGUCUUGCACUACGUCGUUGAGAAAUGGACCGGUCAAGCUGACAAGGACAUGGCACGACUCGCCUGUCUUCAGGUAACUCUCUACUGCUCCCACGCUUUCUCACACCUCAGGCUCUGGUCCACGCCGGCGCCCCUUUGAACCUGGUCGACUCGAACGGCCACACAGUGAUCCACGUGCUCGUCAGGUUCGGUCCUUCUCCUGUCUCCCAUAGGAGAAGCUGAAGACUCCUCAUAGUUCUUUUCAGAGAGAUAAUGAAAGAGAAGGAGCCCCUGCCGAACACUCUAAUCGGUGUUUGCCUUCAGCUUGUCAGAACUAACUUGGUGUGUUUUAUCCCUAGUUCCAUCUUUAUCUUAACCGAGUCAUGAAGUUAUUAGGCUCUCAAAAAAAAAACUUUUUCUUAAUUUUUGCUCUACUGAAAAUUAAUUCUAGAAGUGGUUAUUUAUUAAUUUUCCAAGAGCCUAGACUGUUGGCAUAACUACUGCCAUAACGAAGCCGGAUUUUUUCGGUAAGGCUGAAGUUACAAAGAUUUUUCGGAUUUUAAUAUGGCUAAAAUGACUGAGAUUUGUCAGAAAAACCUGUGACUAGUACAGAUAUAAAUUUUGAUGAGAAUAUAGCAUGAAGCUCCGAAAAAAUUUAGCUUUAUCAAGUAAAGCUAGAGCCUGACCUCUUCUGAAUACAUUUUUGAUGAAAUUUCGUUUAUUGUCAUUUUUUUUGACUUGCUUUGUUUCGUAUACCCCCUAAAUGAGAUUGAAGAACCUGGACGAGAUCGCAAGUCGACUGCGGCCUCGAUGGCAACUUGCCAGCAUUUGCUUUUUGGCCUCCAAGGGCGCCGACAUGAUGAUCAAGUACUUUCUUUUCAUUUCACCUCUCAAUUACGAGAAGACAACAGCAAUACUUGUACAUAUUGAAAGCUGCAGGGACAGACGAGGCGAAACGGUGGUCGAGAUGUGCAAAGAGAACACUCUUCGCACUAUUCUGACGCAGAUUGCUAACCUCAAAAUACGGUUCGUGAAGAGGAAGACGUGUACGACACGCACUUGUUAACUAUCAUAUUCAUGGGGAACAAAGCGAAGCCUUUCAGGUCUUGUUUGCCGAUGGUGUCGAUGAAGUGCGGUGAUUUCGAUAGCUCGGAGGUGACUAUGUGCACUUUCAUGUGCCAGGUUGGAAUUCCUUCAACGGAGCAGUCAAAGUAGGGUUCUGCGUAGGAUUCGAUUGCGGACGUGAGGUUCAUGCCGUGCGGACACCGUGUGGCUUGCAGCGACUGCGCCCAGAGAACGGCCUUCAGACGUUGUCCCCUGUGCUAUCACAUAGUGUCGAGCGCUCUUGACAACGGUUUGUGGCUGCUGACAAUGAAAUCGACGGCUUCUCGCAGAUGGUCGCGAGGUGUUGAUCGGAAGCAAGGCGGGUGAUGAGCGCAUGGAGAAGUCGAUCAUCUCUGAACAGGUCGUCCGCAAAAUCGCGGAACAAGCCGCCAGAGAAGCCAAAAUCGCGGUUGAACGUGGUUGGUUCAACCUAAGCUUUACCAAGAAAACAUGUUUCCAAGAAAGGUCUUUUUACUAAAAUUUAAAUUGGAUAAAUUUCCAGAUAACAAAGUAAAAUGAAUUUUUUCUCGUUAGAGAAGCUUAUGUGAAUUGUUAGAAAACCCCUCAAAACGACGAUUUUUAAAAAUCAGUUUAAUGACCUGGUGGCCGGAAUUUGAAAAUUUUUAACGAUUGUGUCAGAAAUUCUAACACAGAAGUCUGUAUAUUCUUAACAUACCGAUCUUACCAAUCCGCCCUAGAUAUUCACAGAAAAUUUUGGAUUUUAUUGUUUUUCUAGUUUUCGCCCACUAUUUUUCUAACCGUCCCAGGAUCAUUUCAUUAAAAGUUCACUAAUCAUGGAACUUAGUUUCUUGAAGAAAACUUUACGAGCUGACUCGUGAAAAAACUCUUCUCCAUUUUUUCUAUAUUUAAUAGCAACAUUUUAAGAGAAACAGAAUGAGUUGAAAAUGCUGCGGGAAAGGCUCGAGCAGCUCGAAAUGGAAACAAGUUGCAGCAUCUGUAUGGACGCCAAAAUCACGGUUUCCUUUUUUUUUCAUUUUUUUUUUCAUGAACGCUAGUAGGUCUCAAGAAAUGCCUGACAGGAGAAAUGAAGCAGGAAAAAUUCUCCUAGAGCUGCGAGAAAUGAACUUUAAGUCCUUUUUUUUAUUAUUUUGUAAGCACUUUUUUAUUUCCGUUUUGCUGAAUUUUGAAAAUCAGCAAGAAGACUUUGAUAGUAUAUAGCAAUUAGGUAUCGGAAGAACUUUUUCUCCUUACAGUAGUUUCUUCAGAUGGUGUUCAACUGUGGUCAUACGGCGUGCUCGGAAUGUGCGGCUAAGUUGAAGUUGUGCCACAUUUGCCGCCAAAACAUCGCCUCUACACAAACCAUCUAUUCUUAA